CCUCACCUUGAAGGCACUUCAGGAGUUUGGGGCUGCAAUGAGCCAGGUUAAGAUUUCUGGGUUCGUCAGCCGCCUGAAGGAUUACCACCAUGGGACAAGAGGCAAGACUCGCCGCACCCUGAUGCUGACAUACAGCAACGUGGCUGUCCAUGCUCCAAAAGAGCAGCUUCUCUCCCGAGUAGAGGCAGACAUCACAAGGAACAUCAUUCACCAUUACAGAACCAGUUGUCAGGUGCUGGGCAUCGCUCUUACAAACAAGGACAUGCACCUAAAAUUAACCCUCAUCCAGAAUGUCACGGAGAUUAGCUGUGCCAUUUUGGAGACCAGAGACUCCCAGGAGUACGAAUUCUCUUACAAACUGGAGCUCCUUGGCUACAUGCUGGACUUCAUUAAAAAGGAACCACUGGAUUCCCUGGCAUCUCCAGUUCGCUACAAGGCAAUUCUUGCCAUUAGACAUCUGAGCAAACUCAAACCAUCUUUGACCUUGAAGGAAAACCGUGAGCUCCUUCAUCAGUGUUUCAAAAGUUUGUUUCCCCUCCCUCCCCUGGAGAAGAUGAUGAAAGAGGAAGGUGAGACAGCAAAGGAUGCUCUGCCUAUACAGUCACUGUACAUAGAGUCCUUGGAAGCCCUUGGCAAGCUAAUGAAGACUUUGCUGGAGGAAGAACCAACCGCACACUGGUUCCAGGAAAUGUUUCAACUACUAGAGACAUGGCUCCAUUCAGAGAAGGAGUGGGAGAGAGAAAGGGCCUUGCAGGCCACCAUCCAGCUGCUGACUGCCUAUCAAGAGACAGUUCAUAGCACA